GGGCCUCCAAAGCCGUGGAGGCUAAGAAACAGGGGAAAGGGAAAAAGAUGCUGUCUGAGGAGGAGGAAGAGGAAGAAGAGGAGGAGGAGGAGGAAGAUUAUUCUGCAAAGAAAAAGAAGAAGGACCUGCACCUUAAAGGUGCCUCCCACCUGUUGAUGGGGUUGGCGGGCGAUGAGGCCAGGAAGAAGAAGGGGGCAAAGAAGGAGCAUGCCAAGGCUCAGCUAAAAGGGGCUACCAAGGCCAUGGCAGGUCUAGCGAGGAAGGAAGUGGCACCACCCAAGUCCAAAAUGAAGAAAAGCCUGAAGAGUGCAUCAAAGCUCUUCAUGGGCUUCAAGAGGCUAGGCCUCAAGCGCUCCAAGAAGGGCCAGUUUAAAAACACCUCCCGGUUUUUCUGGGGGCUGAAGAAAUACAGCACGAAGAAGAAGAAGAAAUCGAAGAACAAGGCCAUGCUGAAAUCCACUUCCAACCUCAUGAUGCGCUUUAAGAGUAUGGGGAAAAAGAAGGAAGAGGUGGCCCGUGGCAACCUGAAAAAGCCCUCCUUCCUGCUACUACGGCUGGGAGGUGAGAAACCGAAGGAGCAGGGUGGGUUCUUCAGUAGCCUCUUCCGCCAGAAGAGAAUGAAAGCGAAAUUCAAACCUCGAGCUCAGAUCCUGAGCAAAGCUGCGGCCGCCACCAGCUGGCUGACAAGAAAGUUCCUGUCCAAACGGGCCAGGCUUCCCUCCAAUGAGAGGUCCAUGAAUGAGGCCUGGCUGUCUAGGAUUGGAGCUAAGAAACUCCCCUUCCCAUCCGAGGAUGAGAUUCUAAGGCACCGAGCCAACAUGAGAAGGUUCUCUGGAGCCAGGAGGCUCUGUGGCCAAGUCGAAGAGGAAUAUGGUUACCAGCCAUAUUUUGAACACGGUGGCUUUGUGAGGCAGCCCUCUGGUAGGUUCUCACAGCCAGGGCCAAGUGGGUAUGAGAACCCUGCAGCCUCACUGGACUACUACAACUGUUACCAGGAUGACAGCAACUUUUAUGACCCACCAGAUGACAGCAACUUUUAUGACCCGCCAGCCCCAGCUCAGUAUGGCUAUCCUGAGGUGGAAAGCUACCUCCAGGCACCAGCUGACUACGCGGAUGGAUACAGCUUUCAUAACAGACGGGCGUCUGAUUACGAGGACUACCCUGAGUAUGAGAUGGAAGGAGACUUUGGGCUUUACGAAGAGCCCAUGGACUACUAUGACGAUCCACUGCAAAACCAACCUGACUACUAUGACUAUGAAGAUCAGGAUUAUGAGCCACCUUCUGGCUAUUCACCAUAUGAACCCUAUGACCAAUAUAGGGGUGAUAUGGAUUACUAUGAAGAGCAAACAGGGCCAUACGGCUCUUUUGAAGACCAAUACGGUCCUUCUGGGGGGCCCUACGAUCUGAGGGGAGAUGAAAUGGGCUAUCUGGAUGAUUAUUCUCCUCAGCAUGAAAUCAGUUACAGUGAAUGUGAAUGGGGCCCUCCAGCUCAGUCUUCCUAUAACCCUUAUGCGUAUCCUUUGGACGAUAUAACGGAGAUGGACGAGCCAGAGGAGUUGGCGGAGGAGAAUGGAGAUUACCCCUUUAUGCUCCCUAAUUCUUCCUUCUUCGACCAGCAGGGGAUCGAGGAAACGUUGCCUUCUAAGCUGUCGUUAAACAGGAAGUUCAGGCUCUUCCCCAGGCCUCAAGUGAAGUUGUUUGGCCGGGACAAACUGGACAUUCCCCUCCCUCCUUCUCCGCACAUCUCCCUUGCUGGCUUGGAUCAAGAUGAGGAUGACUACGAUGAAUACGAGUCGCUGGCACCUCCCUUCGCCCAGUUCAGCAAUGGGUAUCUCCAACCCUCGGUGGCCCAAGGCCAUGUUGGCCAGGCUCAUGGCAGCAGGCUUCCUAGGCCUCACUCUCCAAAGUCGGUGGGAAGCAGGUUCAGCCCAGAUGUCCAGCAAGGCAAUAUCCAGGGGGCGCAUUCGCAAAGCUUCUCUCCACGAGGAUGUGGGAGCCCCCUCGGGCAGUUCUUACAGAAAUCCCUCACGCAACCAAAGCCCAUUUUAAAACACCGCGAGAGUGUGGUGAAGGGCAGGCCCGCCACGCCCUCAUCGGUAAGGAGGGCAACGUCCUUGUCAUUUGGUGAGAACGGGCCUCAGAGGCCGCCUUCCCCUCAGCCAUCAAUUAGACACGGCGACAUGCCAAGAGCCACCUCUUCCCCAAAACUUAGCAGGCACAGCCGGAGUCCAGAGGGACCGCGUUUUUAUCACCCUUCUCCUCAGCCUUCUGAGAGACAUUUUGACAUCUCCCAGGAGGAAUCACACGUCCAGCAUCCAUUAAUUGAGCCUUCCUAUAAAAAGUUUGGCCACAAGUUAGCAGGGAUGGAAACCUUGGACUCGGCAGCUCUCUUGCCUAGGAGAAAAUUUGGGUACACAGCCACUAAUAACAACAAUUCACAAGGGCCUCCUUCCCCUCAGCCUUCCCGGAGGAGCAUCUCCUCCUCCCCACAUCCUUUAAGGAGAGUAGGAAGCAGAAGCAGCCUGGAGCCCCCCAGGCCACCGUCUCAGUCUACUGCGUGGCUGAGAUCCCCUUCCCCGAAACCCAGUGUGAAAAGGCUCAACUUUAACCAGCCACAGCCCGAUUUUCAAAAGCCGGAGGCAAACAGCCCCUUUCUGCAGCCGUUUGGUAGCCACCACAUCAGUAGCACAAGGGGUGAGCCACCUUCCAGCCUGCCGUCUCCGCAGCCGUCCCUCAAAUCCAGCUCAUCGAGGUUUCAGAUGUUUGGCUCAGCUCCCCAAGGCGCCACCCUGGCUAGGAACUUAGCCCCUCAACGGCUCCAUAAUUUUGCCUCUGGGGAGCUGAAGGGCCCCUCUUUACCUCACCCCUCCAUGAGGCAGUUUGCGUCUCCUCCUGAGGCAAUGUCUCCUGGCUUUUCGGCAAGGGAUGCUGGGAGCAGACAGUCUUCCCCUCAGCUAUCCAUGGAAAUGCAUAGGCGGCUCCCCCAGGCUUGGAACAGACAACCCGAGCCCCCAACGAAAGCAGUGAAGCCUUUAAUGAGGAACUCAUUCCUGAAGCAGUUGGGCCAUCCAGCAGGGGCUCAGUCUCCCCACCCCACAUCCCCGAUGCCGUCCGUCCGAGGUGUGCCACCUCCCCGGGCAUCAGCAAGAACGCCCUCCCCUCAGAUGCUGACACGCCAAGGAAGCCAUCGCGUUACCAUGAAGGACUCUGCUAACUUUCCACCUGGUUGGUCCCCGUCCCCCAUAAACACUAAGGGGCCAUCAAGAGAGCUGCCUGCGGGGCCACGUAGGGAUGGGGCUUCUGAGAAUGAAAUACCGGCUCAGCAAUCUGCGUCACCCAAGGUGGCAGGAGGUGGAAGCCUGAGGAGCAUUUCAAAGCUGCCUCCACCUCCCAGCCCUGCUCCUGGAGCCCCUAAGGCAUUUAUCAAACGCAUCGGUCAGCCUCUGGCUGGGAUGACCCAGAUGCCUCUCACAGAAACCAGCAGCAUGCUCGCGGGCAGAGCAGGAGGUGGGAAUACAUUGCUGAAACGGUUUGGACAGCCAGCGGCAGGUCAAACACCAGGACCCACGGGUUUCAAAUUCUCAGUAAGGGAGGGUGGACAUGUAGCCCAGUCACAACGCCCGCCAUCCCCGACACAUCCUAGACACCCUCUUGGAAGGAGCCCUUCUCAGAAACCGGCCUCCCCCGCUCCCUCUCUAAAACACGCUACGAUGCCAAUGGGAGAAGCAAAUAAGUCACGGGCGCAUCUGGGCCUUCAGUCACAAAGAACAGUGGCCUUCAAAGGCUCCCAUGUUGUGACGGCAACUGGUCCCGCCUUUGCCGGGUCCCCGUCUUUGCGGAAAGCAUGUAGCAGACCAGCUAAACUCCCAGCUGAGCUCUUGGAGAAUGAGGACGUGUCUGGGGAGGAUGGCGCAGGGAGGUACGCUGUGGUCAUGCCGCAGGUCCAGAGGCUGGGCUCCUUCAGAAGGAUGUCCUACCUGCACAAGCAACACUGGUCUAAGCAGCAGAUGGUGAACGUCCAUGCAUCGCCCAGCGUACGGUCGUCUGAGAAAUUGCUUCAUAACCCUCCUGCUGAGAGCUUUAACAGGUGGUCAGGCCAGCGAGGAGACAGCGCUGCGAGGUACCUGACCCACAGACCAUCAGCGCAGAACCGGAGCGAUGGGAACCACUGGGUGCGUGGGAGCACGGGCAAGACGCCACCCUGGCACAAUAAGAUGCACUCCCUCGGCAGCCCGCCCUCCGCGAGCCCCCGAGCCGAGCCGAAGGAAGAUGGCGUGGAGGACAUGACCCAGCUGCAGGACCUCCAGGAGGGGGCGGUGCUGCACAACAUCAAGACGAGGUUUGAACGCGAGUUGAUCUAUACCUACAUAGGCAGCAUCUUGGUGUCCGUGAACCCGUACAAAAUGUACAACAUCUACGGGACAGAGCAGGUGCUGCAGUAUGAGGGAAAGGCGCUGGGAGAGAAUCCCCCGCACCUUUUUGCUAUUGCAAACGUCGCCUAUACCAAACUGAUGGAUGCCAAACACAACCAGUGUAUUAUCAUCAGCGGCGAAAGUGGGUCAGGCAAAACGGAAGCCACCAAGCUGGUCCUGCGUUACCUGGCGGCUGUCAAUCAGAGGCGCAACGUGACGCAGCAGAUCGAGAUCCUCGAAGCAACCCCCCUGCUGGAAUCCUUCGGAAAUGCCAAAACCGUGAGGAACGACAACUCCAGCAGGUUUGGGAAAUUUGUGGAACUCUUUCUGGAGGAAGGCUUGAUCUGUGGUGCCAUAACCUCCCAGUACCUUCUUGAGAAAUCAAGGAUCGUGUUUCAGGCCAAAAACGAGCGGAACUAUCACAUAUUCUACGAGAUGCUGGCUGGCCUUCCGGCUCAGCAGAAGCAGCAAUUCUGCCUUCAAGAUGCAGAAACUUACUAUUACCUGAACCAGGGGGGGAACUGCGAGAUCCCUGGGAAGAGCGAUGCGGAGGAUUUCCGGAGGUUGCUCAGCGCCAUGGAAAUCCUCAACUUCAGCACUGAGGACCAGAACAGCAUCUUCCGAAUUCUGUCUUCCAUCCUCCACCUGGGGAAUGUCUACUUUGAAAAAUACGAGGCAGACUGCCAGGAGGUCGCGUCGGUGGUGAGUGAGAGAGAGAUCCGUGCCGUGGCGGAGCUGCUCCAGAUUUCGCCAGAGGGGCUGCAGAAGGCCAUCACCUUCGCGGAAACGCUGAGGGAAAAGAUUUUCACCCCCCUCACUGUGGAAAGUGCUGUUGAUGCCAGAGAUGCCAUUGCCAAGAUCCUGUACUCCCUGCUUUUCAGCUGGCUCACGGACAGGAUUAACAAGCUGGUCUACCCCAAGAAGGAGGCUCUUUCCAUAGCCAUUCUGGAUAUCUAUGGGUUCGAGGACCUCAGCUUUAACAGCUUCGAGCAGCUGUGUAUCAACUAUGCAAAUGAAUAUCUGCAAUUCUUCUUCAACAAGAUCGUCUUUAAGGAGGAGCAGGAGGAGUACAUCCGGGAACAGAUCGAGUGGAAAGAAAUCACCUUCAGUGACAACCAGCCCUGCAUUGACCUCAUUGCGCAAAAGCCACAUGGGAUUCUGAGGAUCCUGGAUGAUCAGAGCUCCUUUCCUCAGGCCACGGACCAUACUUUCCUGCAGAAGUGUCACUACCACCAUGGCUCCAGUGCAUUGUACACCAAGCCAAAGAUGCCUCUCCCGGAAUUCACCAUCAAACACUAUGCUGGCAAAGUCACCUACCAGGUGCACAAGUUUCUGGAUAAAAACUAUGAUCAAGUCCGCCAGGAUGUUCUGGACCUUUUUGUCAACAGCAAGACCAAAGUGGUGGCCAACCUCUUCUUCAGCCAUGCCCAGCAAGUGGCCCAGCAGAGGACCAUGAUGGGGAAGAACAGCACAGUCACCCGGCGGUAUAAAGCCCCAACGGUGGCCGCUAAGUUCCAGCAGUCGCUCCUGGACCUGGUGGAGAAGAUGGAGAGGUGCAACCCGUUCUUCGUCCGCUGCCUCAAACCCAACAACAAGAAGGAGCCAGCUGUCUUCGAGGCAGACAUCGUCAGCAGCCAGCUCCGGUACUCUGGAAUCCUAGAGACCAUCCGCAUCCGCAAAGAGGGCUUCCCAGUUCGCAUCCCCUUCCACAUCUUCAUCGACAGGUACAGGUGCCUGGUCGAUCUCUGGCCUGACAUCAGGCCGGACGGCGUGAGCUGCGUGGAGGUGCUGAAGAAGCUGUGUGCUGUGAGCCCCACCAUGUACUGCGUCGGAGCCAGCAAGCUGUUCAUGAAGGAGCAUGUGUACCAGCUGCUGGAGAGCAAGCGGGACCGCGCGCUGCACCGGGCCGCGCUCACCCUGCAGCACUACGCCCGCGCCUUCUUCAUCAAGAAACGCUUCCGCUCGCUGCGCCGCAAGAUCGUCCUCCUGCAGAGCCAGGCCCGGGGCUACCUGGCCAGGCAGAGGUACAAGCGGCUGAGGAAGAGUCUGAUCAAGUUCCGGUCCCUGGUGCACGUGUACGUGAAUCGCAGGAGGUACCUCAAGAGGAAGGAGGAGGCUCGCCGGCGGGCGGAGGAGGAGAAGAGAAAGGCCGAGCAGGAGCUGACCAAGAGGGAGGUGGUGGAUGUGACGCACCUGGAAAUCCCUGCGGAGCUGGCAGGGCUGCUGGAGCUGGUGGCAGCUCACACGCCGGUGCCUGCUCAGUGCGUCGCACUGGCCCCCGUGCCCACACUGCAAGUGGAUUCCCAGCUCACCCUGCCUCUCGACAUCAACAACUACCCCAUGGCCAAGUACGUGCGGGUCCACUUCCAGGAGCCGCUGUUCGGGAUGCUCACCGUGCCUCUGGCCUCCCCCCUGACCCAGCUGGAGGAGGAGUUGGUGCAGGAAGCGCUCGCUCUGUUCAAGCUGAUUCUGCGCUUCAUGGGUGACCCGCAGCUCGGCGGCGUGCAGGAGGACCUGUUUGGGAACUACAUCGUGCAGCGCGGGCUCACAGCGCCUGGCCUGCGGGACGAACUCCUGGCCCAGGUCGCCAACCAGGUGUGGCGCAACACCAACGUCAACAACGAGGAGCGGGGCUGGCUCCUCCUGGCCGCCUGCCUCAGCGGCUUCGCCCCUUCCGCCAGCCUGGAGAAACACCUGCUCAAGUUUGUUUCCGACUACGCCUUCGACGGCUACAGGCCGGUGUGCCAGCACAAGCUGAUGCGGGCCAUGCUGAAGUCCCAGCUUGGCCCCGAGGCGGCCCGCACCUACCCGCCCUCGCUGCUGGAGUGGACGGGCAGCAGGCAGCGAGCCAGCAUGGCCUUGGACGUCUACUGCUUCAACGGGGACCAGUUCUCCUGCCCCAUCCAUUCCUGGAGCACCGGGGAGGAGCUGGCAGGAGACGUCCUGAAGCACAGGGGGCUGACAGAAGGUUGGCGGGGCUGGUCCGUCUCCAUGAAGGACGGCGCCCAGUGGGCUGAGCUGGCUGGGCACGAUUACAUCCUGGACCUCGUUUCCGACCUGGAGCUGCCUCGGGGCUUCCCCAAGCAGAAAUCUUAUUUCAUCAUCGCUUCCGAAGGGGCGGAGGAGGGCAGCGGCGCCACCAGCGCAGUAUUCGGACAGGGCUUGGACUCGGAUGAGGAAGUCCCUCCCCCUCCGCUCACCAAGGCCCCCACGGGGCCGCCUCCAAACACCCCUGGCUCAGAGGGAUAUUACUGUCGUGAUUCUGACACCGUCAGCGAACCUCGAAUGCACAAGGGGUUGGAUCGCUACCUGGACAGUCUGUUUGACCCAGUGCUGUCCUAUGGGAAUGGGGACUUGGAGAAGCCGGCGGCUGUCUCCCGCAAGAUGAAAGGAGGAGGCCAGGUUGGAGGUGGGAGCAGCAACAGCAGCGUGGACCAAAGCCGCGCCAGGGCCCCCAGGGAGACCGGUUUGCAGGAAUCCACCCUGGAACUGCGGCGGGACCCUAUCCAGAGGGCAGCUGUGAGCGGGACUCCUGCCAGGACAGCGGCUCUCCUGCAGAAAGCUGGUAAGGAAUCAGCCCCCCCGGAGAAACCUCCUGUCUUGGGUUGGGCGCUCACACUGACCCCCCCGAAGGAAGGCGGGAAGGUCUUUGUGAAGAAGAGGGAUCCCCAUGAGGAGGCCCUGAGGAUCUUAAAGGGGCAGAUGUCAGGGACGCCGAGGGCCCCGGUGCCUAAGGAGACAGUAGCUAUGGUGAAGCCGGUUACCAGCAUCAGGAGGCCUUUCCGGCUGCUGUGGCCAGGUCUUUUCCUGCGUCGCCUCCAGGCCGACGAGGCGAUAGCUAUACACACGCAAGGCGAUCGGUUACCAUGGCGAUGGGCUUGGGAUGAGAGUCUGAUGGAGCAGAGAGCUGCCAGGACAGAGGGGUGUCCCAGAGAGCCUAGAGGAGUGGUCGCAGUCUCCCGGGAGCUCCCAGGCGAGCAGGAGCAGGUCCAGACGCAGCUGCACCGGUGCUGCAGCGAGGAGUUCUACACCUACCGCAACGUGUCCUGGAAAAUAUACAUCCGGAAAGAGGUGUUCUAUCCAAAGGAGAGCAUCAACAACCCCUGGUUACUGGAUCUCCUUUUCAGACAGAUCUUCCACGACACGCUCUCCGAAGCCUGCCUCAGGAUCUCCCCGGAGGAGCGACUGCGCAUGAGAUCCCUCUUCGCGGAAAACAAGCUGGACUCGUUCAGCCCCGUGGCCGACGACAGCGUGAAGAAGGAGAUAGUCCUGGCAGCCCGGGACAGCUGGGAGGUCUACUUCUCACGCCUCUUCCCCGCCACGGGCAGCGUCGGCACGGGGGUGCAGGUCCUGGCCGUGUCCCACACGGGGAUCAAACUAGCCUGUGGCUCCGGCAAUUCCAGCCACCAGCCCGGCAGCGCCUUGCCAAAGCGCAGCAGGGGGAGUCCGUGCCAAGCAGCCGGAGCCCAGUGGCUGGCGAGCAGGGUGCAUGGGAGGCACAGGCGGUGCCUCCGUUCUGCCCUGGCUCUGGCAGUAAGACCCACCCCACCCCUGGCUGUCUCAGCGGCGCUCUCCUCGCCUGUUCUUAACCCGUCCUUCCCCUCCCCCAGCUACGCCGACCUCCUCUUCGUGACCAUCCCCUCCAAGCACAUGCUGGAGUUCAACCUGAGCCACGAGAAGCUCAUCCUCUUCUCCCCCAGGGCCCCCCAGGUGAAGGCCAUGAUCGACUAUUUCAUCACGGAGCUCAAGAAGGACUCGCAGUACGUGGUUGCUGUGAGAAGCCACGUUACAGAGGACAGGAGCCAGCUGAGACCAGCCAUUCCCAAUCAAACACUGUGGCUGGAUUUUCAAAGGGGGCUGGCUGGGUUUAUGGGGCCGAUGUUUGCAGCUGUGCCUGCUGAGAUAUGGAAAAUCAACUCUCAUGCUUCAGGACAGGUCUCUGCAGAGCGGGACAGGAAGAUGGAGGUGUCCCCCGCAGGCAGCGACUAUGCGGACAACGUGGAGGAGUGCGGUGGUGAGCUUCCCGGGGACAGUGCCCUGCAGGAGGGGCAGUUCCCCAUGCUGGACUUUGCCAAGAAGUAUUUCCGGGAGUCGCAGAGGAGGAAGCCGGAGUCCUACAAGCAGAAAUCCCGGAAAGGGAAGGACUCGCCGGAUGUAGCAGAGCUUCUGAAAUUCACCAAGUGCCCGCUCCAGGAGGCGCUGAUCGACUUCCCCGACAGCUGCCUGAGCCGAGCUGCAGCCGAGGCCUUCCAAGCCGUGAUGAAAUUCAUGGGCGACUGGCCCCUCAGGGGGCAGACGGAGCUGGACGUCGUCUGCGCCGUGCUCAAGGUGUGCGCCGAGCACGAGGUCAUGAGGGAUGAAGUGUACUGCCAGGUCGUCAAGCAGACCACGGACAACACCAGCCCCAAGACGGACAGCUGUCAGAAGGGAUGGAGGCUGCUCUAUAUCCUCACCGCCUACUACAAGUGCUCCGAGGUCCUCAGGCCCUACCUGCUGCAGCACCUCCAGGAGACCUGCAGGAGCCCCGGGGUGCAUUUCCAAGGGAUCGCAAAGGCCUGCACGCAGAACCUCCGCAAGACCUUCCAGUUUGGCGGGCGGCGCGAAUUCCCCAGCAGCAUGGAGCUCAAAGCCAUGGUGGCCGGCCGGAGUGCGAAGCGCCAGCUGUUUCUCCUGCCAGGAGGGAUCGAGAGGCACCUGAAGAUCAAAACGUGCUCGGUCGCGCUGGACGUGAUCGAGGAGAUGUGCGAUGAAAUGGGGCUGCAUCGGCCCGAGGCCCUGGAGGAAUAUGUCAUCUUCGCCGUUACCAAUGGAGGUCAGAACGUCCGUCCCUUGAGCCGGCGGGAGUACAUCCUGGACGUGGCCACGGAGAUGGAGCUAGUGGACAGCAGCUACAUGUUCUGGUACCGGCGCGUCAUCUGGACCCAGCCGCUGAAAUUUGACAAUGAGCUCUAUGUCACCAUGCACUAUAACCAGGUCCUGCCCGAUUACCUCAAGGGACUCUUCAGCGUCCUACCUCCCCAGCAGCCCAGCGACCAGCAGCGCCAGCAGGUCUCCAAGCUGGCAGCCCUCCAGCACCGAGCCAAGGACAGCAUCUACCUGCCCACCGUCCGCGAGGUGCAGGGUUACGUCCCGCCCCAGUUCUGCCGGGCGCUGAAGCCUCAGUCGUGGCUCAACAUGGUGCUGCAGCAUAUGCCGCAGGUCCAGGCCCUGAGCGCCCACCAGGCCAGAGCUCAGUUCCUCGGGCUCCUGAGCGCCUUCCCCAUGUUCGGCUCUUCCUUCUUCUACAUCCAGAGCUGCAGCAACAACGCCAUCGUCUCGCCGUGCAUCCUGGCUGUCAACCAGAACGGGCUCAACUUCCUCAACAAGGACACCCACGAGCUGAUUGUGAAGUUCUCGCUGAAGGAGAUCCAGUCCACCCGGACCCAGCGGCCCACGGCCGGCUCCAGCUACCCCUACGUGGAGAUCAUGCUGGGAGACUUGGUGUCACAGAGGGUGACGCAGCUGCAGCUGGAGCAGGGCCUGGAGCUGUGCCGCGUGAUCGCCACCCACGUGGAAAGCCUGCUGUGCGCGCGCGAGAAGAGACUGACCCUCCCCCCCAGCGAGAUCACGCUGCUCUGAUCAGGCCUGUUCAACACGCACACACUUGCACACGCCAGCAGGGACUAACUAUAGACACUGAUGGGACGGAUGCUGAGCUGGUCCCAAUCAGCGUAGCUCUGUUGAUUUCAGUGGCAUGGGGCUGAGGGGUGGGACGGGGGAGUUCCAGACCACAGGUGAGGUGGGAGGGGUUAAGCGUAUGGGGAAUGCAGUCUGGCCAGUUAACAGGUGAACACGGAUGCCUUAAUUUGUGUUUAAUAACUGCCCUCCUGGACGAAGGUCACGACCUUUUUCCGGAAUCGGGUGUAUUUAAUCUGUCCCUUUACUCGCAACGUAUUGUCAGAUUGGCCGUAUGCAGGACAUGCGCGGUGUUGCACAUCUGUCCGUAUCAAGGGCCUAGCAGGCUAACCUCUCGCGGACUGCAAACACCAGAUGGCUUUUAUUUGUCUGCGCUCCUUUUUUUUUUUUUUUUUUUUUUUUUUGCUCUUGUUUGUCCUCUGAUGUAAUCCUUAUUUUUAUAAAUGUAAUUGGCGCCUGCAUUUGUACACUGGGCUGUAGCGCUAGCCCAGUCCAUGGCUUCCCGUUUUUGUAACUUUUUGCACUCCGCGUUGCGCUGAGAUUUAAUUUUUGUUUCUAAUUGGUGCAAAAUUAAAAAUUCCUUCGACAUCA